GAGUCAAUGGACGCUUGUGUUUUCUGAGCCACCAAACGCCCCUCAGAGGUUUCUAAUACGAAAGUUAACAGGAACUUUUGUCGUUUUACGGUUUGUGUUGUGCGUGCAAUUUUGUCUCGAAGCCGAGGGUAGUGCACCGUCUUCCACUGGUUCAUGACAGCAACUGAGUAGAUGUAAUAAAUAUUUCAUCUUCAGCUCUGCUGGACUAAAUCUACACAAUCUGUGUGAUAGAAGUCAACACAACACACGCAGAAGAAGGAUAUCAUUCCAGAAUUCCCAACCUGUCAGACUACUUCCUGGACACGCCUCCUUUUCUAGCAAAGGAACAUCUCCGAACAGAAAGAGGAAGUGCUUUAAUCUCAUUCUCUGAUUCUGUGUGUGUCCGCUUGGGGCUGACCUCUCACCUCUGUGCGGCAGUCAGACUGAACUGAGGCGCUCCAAAGAUGGCUAGACCAAGCUCAGAUUUAACAGAGUUUCGUGAGGAUUUUGCUAAAGCCAAGCACAUUGCUAUCAUUACGGGGGCUGGAGUGAGUGCAGAGAGUGGAGUCCCAACCUUUAGAGGACAGGGGGGCUACUGGAGGAAAUGGCAGGCACAGGAUUUGGCAACCCCUGAAGCUUUCUCUCGAGAUCCUUCUUUAGUUUGGGAGUUUUACCAUUACAGGCGUGAGGUUAUGUGCAGUAAGAUGCCAAACCCAGCCCACCUGGCUAUAGCAGAGUGUGAGUCCCGUCUCAGCAAACAGGGGCGCUCUGUUGUGAUCAUCACUCAGAACAUCGAUGAACUGCACAGACGUGCUGGCUCCAAACAUCUCUAUGAAAUCCACGGUAGUCUAUUUAAAACCCGCUGCAUGAGCUGUGGUGAAGUCAAAGCCAACCACAAGAGUCCAAUCUGUCCUGCUCUGGAGGGGAAAGGAGAGCCUGACCCCAGUGCCAAGGAUGCAAGGAUACCAGUGGAGCACCUGCCCAGGUGUGACAAAAGUGACUGUAAUGGAUUGCUGAGGCCUCAUGUGGUUUGGUUCGGAGAGACUCUGGAUUCAGAUAUUCUCACUGCUGUGGAGCAGGAGCUGGAAAAAUGUGAUCUCUGCUUAGUGGUGGGAACCUCCUCCAUAGUUUACCCAGCAGCUAUGUUUGCUCCUCAGGUGGCAGGUAGAGGAGUGCCUGUAGCUGAAUUCAACAUGGAGUGCACACCUGCUACUAUGCGCUUUAAAUAUCACUUUGAGGGUCCUUGUGGUGUCACACUGCCUCCUGCCCUGGAACGCCACGAGAGCGAGGUUAUUUAAGGAGAGAGAAGGCAUGACCCAUUUGUUCAUGCCUACUGCAUAGAGCACUUUAACAGAGCACAUUGGAUUGGUUCAUGC